AUGCUCGCACUCCAGCUAAUGCCAAGGAGCAAGCAGAAGACGAAGAAGAAGACGGCGAUCGAAUAUGUUUCCAUCAUUCGGCUCUUUGGCUUUGGCGUGCUGCGGAGGAAUGUGCGAACGGAUGGUCCAAGCUUUCAGACCCCGUGGUAUGCGACACGAAGGAUCCACCAUCACAUGCACGACGCGACGACACGACACGAGACACGAUCCCAAAUGAUUGCUAGCCACUACAGUACAGUCGCGUGCGAAUGCCAUCGUCGCCCUCAAACCAGCGCGAUUAAUACGGUUGCCCGCCAAAAAUUCAUAGCAUCCUCGCCGCUCCUGAAGAUCGAACCACGAUAA